AUGUUAGAAGCCAUUACUAAAGACGUUAUAAUAGGGCACUUGGUUAAGGUCAGGGUAAUCAGGCAGAGUCAGCAUGGUUUUGUUGAAGCUGUGAUGUAUGAGGUGCCUAUUUUGAUCGACAUGAAUAAGGUUUAUCGACAGAAGAACCAGGAGAACUUGGAGCAGGCCUUCAGCGUUGCAGAGCGGGAGCUGGGGGUCACCAGGCUGCUGGACCCUGAAGAUGUGGAUGUGCCCCACCCGGAUGAGAAAUCAAUCAUUACCUACGUCUCAUCCCUGUAUGAUGCACUGCCACGAGUUCCCAAUGUCGAGGCUGGGAUCCGAGCCAAUGAGAUCGAGUUGCAAUGGCAGGAGUAUUAUGAGGUGGUGACAUUGCUGAUCCAGUGGAUUCGUCACCACAUCACCAUAUUUGAGGAAAAAAAAUUCCCAGGAACCUAUGAGGAGAUGGAGGUUCUGUGGAGACAGUUCCUGAAGUUUAAAGAAUCAGAUCUGCCCGUUCGAGAGACGGAGAAACAACACAGCAAGGCUCUGUUCAAAAACCUGGAGGGUGCUGUACAGGAGGGCCACCUCAAGGUGCCAGCAGGUUAUCACCCGAUCGAUGUGGAGAAGGAGUGGGGAAAGCUACAUGUUGCCAUUCUGGAGAGGGAAAGGGUUCUACGCAGCGAGUUUGAGAGACAGGAGCGAUUCCAAAGGGUUAUCUUGAGGAUUCAGCAGGAAUCGAACACGUGUGAAGAACAAAUCAAACAGUCUGACACAAUGCUCAAAUCUGAUAUCCGGUUGUUAAACGCUGGGAAAACCCCUCAGAACAUUGCUGUCUUGGAACAUGACCUGGACAAAUCAGACAGUUUGAUUCGAAGUCUCUUCAAUGACGUCCAGACCCUGAAGGAUGGCAGACAUCCACAGGCAGAGCAGAUGUACCGCAGGGUGUUCCGUCUGCAUGAGUUCCUGGUUGCUACACGGACAGAGUACUCUCUCCGGUUUAAAUCUGGAGUCCAACAACCAAUAUCAUCAACCACAGUGAUAACUCAGACCAGACUGUCCCCAUCAAAGGCCAGUCCUGCUAUGGAUGGAGUGACCCUGAAGUAUAUCCAGGACCUGCUAGAGUGGAUAGAGGAGAACCAGAGGCACCUGGAUGUUGCUGAGUGGGGGGUUGACCUGCCUACAGUGCAGACACAGCUGGGAGCUCAUCGAGGAUUACAUCAGUCUAUCGAGGAUUUCCGAGUAAAGAUUGAGAGAGCACGAGCUGAGGAGGUAAGAGCUCUCUUUCUCUCUCUCCCCCUCUCCCUCCCCGUCACUCUUUUGGACUUUGCGCCGACUGACUCUGGGAUUCCUCUGAUCUAGAAUUCCUCCAAAUCCCGUCUCCGUAACCUGGAGAGUUUGAACACGUUUGUUUCCAUGGCAACCAAGGAGUUGAUGUGGUUGAAUGAUAAGGAGGAGGAGGAGGUUGAUUAUGAUUGGAGCGAGCGAAACACCAACAUGGCAGCCAAGAAAGACAAUUACUCGGUAAAGGGGGGGUAG